AUGGAUCCUCAAGAUACGCUGCAGGACCUGGGGCAAGCUCCCGCUGCUCAUAUAAACCGCAGCGCCAGCCCCUCAGCACACGCCCACCAGCAGUACAAUAAUAAUCACAACGACUUGACAAUUGACCCUUCGGUCACCUCCAAUUCCUCCUACCCUCCGUCGUCCUUUGCCAACAAUUCCGCUCCUGGCUCCGAGGCGUUCGCCUACUCGUCGAGCUAUCUGACUCCUGCAACCGCGACCGACCAUAACUUCGCCCGCCCUAGUCUGCAGAUCCCACAGUCCUUUGACCAAGGACUCUCACACCAGCCUGCCGAGGAGAACUUCUCAAACCUCCUAAACUCGAACACUGGUGACUUCGAUUUCUCGCUCUACCAGGGAUCGAGCCCUAACAAUACUGGCUCCGACUACCCCUCUUCGGGCCUGCUCGAUCCUCAGCAGUCGGGCAACCAAGCCGUCAACCCGGUCGAUCUGGUCAGCCAGAUCCCGUCUCCUCACCCGUCGAACUCGUCGCAGACCUCGCCGCUGGACCAGCCGCCGUCCAGCGCCAUGUCCCCUCCCGCCUCCUCGCCGGGGACGUUCUAUACCCCCCAGCACUCGCGUCACACCUCCCUCGAUCCCGCAAGCGCCGCAUACAUGACCAACGUUUCGCACCCCGAAUGGCAGGCCGUUAUGAACAAUUCCGCUUUUCACGGCCACCGUCGCGCUCCCUCAGAGGUCUCCGAGGUGUCGUCCGCCGCCCAUUCUCCCUAUCUUCCCCAGCAUGACAGCUUUGACGUGGCGGACAAUAAUCCGUCCCCACUGCUGGCGGCUCAGAAUGACCCCAGUCUCUAUGAUAAUGCCGCGUUGGGAAUCGAGUCAUUCACUCUGUCUGAGCAUCACCAGCCCCAAACACAGGGGAUUAGCCCUCACCAUAGUCCUUACAUCUCUCCUCAGCUGAUGCCUCAACAUCCGACAGACAUAAUCCCUGGCGGGCCAUUUAUCUCUGCUCCGGCGACAAACUCCGCGUACCCGACUCCUCCAACAGAAGGCUAUCCGAAUGGCGGUGAUAUCGGGCAAGCGUCACAGAUGGCCCCGCCGUCAAUCAAUGUUGAAUUUGCGCCCCCGGCUAAGGCUCAAGUCUUCCCACCUGAAAAGUCGACCGCUGACAUGGACUCGUUGAGUCCGCCUCCAUCGUUGCGCACCUCACGGAUGCGCAGCAAGUCUGAUCCGUACGCGGUCUCCAUCUCCCGACCUCGCUCGCCUUCGUCUCCGUCAGCCAGCUUAGACGCUUUGGCUGCUUCAUCGCCCCGGUCAUUGUCGCCUUUCAAUGUAGGCCGCCACCCCUACAGUAAUCCUAGUUCCAGGGAGCCCUCACCUGCGCGUUCGGCCCGCCGUCUGUCGACGUCCUCGGUCGAUAGUCGGAAUUAUAUUCUUGGCCUGGCUGACCCACAACGGCCUGGAUCGAAUAAUACCGAUUCUAAGCGGGUUCAGAAGCACCCCGCGACCUUUCAAUGUACUCUUUGCCCCAAGCGCUUCACCCGGGCGUACAACUUGCGUUCCCAUCUACGGACACAUACAGACGAACGACCGUUCGUCUGCACUGUCUGUGGCAAAGCAUUUGCCCGCCAGCAUGACCGUAAGCGCCACGAAGGCCUGCAUUCGGGUGAGAAGAAGUUUGUUUGUCGGGGUGAUCUCUCGCGAGGCGGGCAAUGGGGCUGCGGCCGCCGAUUUGCUCGUGCCGAUGCCCUGGGGCGCCACUUCAGAUCAGAAGCUGGCCGAAUCUGCAUCAAGCCUCUAUUGGAUGAGGAGUCUCAAGAGCGAGAACGCACGCUCAUAAACCAGCAACAGCAGCAUCUGCAGCCGGUCAACCAACCACUCAUGCUCCCCGGCCAGGGAACGGAGGCCCAACAUACGGGCAGCUUCAUCCUACCUGCAGCGCUACUAGCACAGUAUCCAGCUUUGCAAACAUUGCAGUGGGACCAAAUACCAGCCGGAACUGAUGACACAAGCGAUAUUGGCGGUCGAAAUAGUUUCGACGCCAGUUCCGGCGGAGAGUUCGGUUUCGACGACGAUGAAUCGGGGAUCAGUGUCUCUGGUAUGAGUACGGGCUAUGCCAGCGAUCAGGGCAAUAUCUACAAUGUGGAUGCCCAAGGGCAGAUGCUUGGGGUCAAUCCAGGUGAAGCUGGCUACGCAAAUCCGAACUGGGGGAAAUAGCACAUCUUUUGCAUCCCUUUGCUACCUAUUUCUCUGUUCAGUAGGGGAAUUUCUUAUUCCACUGUCGCUAUUAUGGCUGGAUCUGGAUCUGUUUCUGGUGUAUAGAGGUUCGGCGUUGCGGAUACAGGAUUUCAAAAUGCC